CAAUAGCUUCGAGCCUUGGUCAUUCCAGAUGAUCUGAGUAAGAUGGCGGCAGCGCCGACUUUGCCUCAGUGCGCAACCGGGCCCGAAGUGAUUCGUGGGCAGGUGUUCGACACCGGGCCGCGAUACACCAACCUCAGCUACAUCGGGGAGGGAGCUUAUGGCAUGGUUUGCUCAGCCCAUGACAACGUGAAUAAAGUCCGUGUGGCCAUCAAAAAGAUCAGCCCUUUUGAACACCAGACAUACUGCCAGCGGACUCUGCGUGAGAUUAAAAUCCUGCUGCGCUUCAAACAUGAGAAUAUCAUCGGCAUCAAUGACAUCAUCCGAGCCCCCACCAUUGAGCAGAUGAAAGAUGUGUACAUUGUACAGGAUCUGAUGGAAACAGACCUGUAUAAACUGCUGAAGACUCAGCAUCUUAGCAAUGAUCACAUCUGUUACUUCCUGUAUCAGAUCCUGCGAGGGUUAAAGUACAUCCACUCUGCCAAUGUCCUUCACCGGGAUCUCAAACCAUCCAACCUACUGCUCAACACCACCUGUGACCUGAAGAUCUGUGACUUUGGACUGGCACGUGUGGCUGACCCCGACCAUGAUCAUACCGGGUUCCUGACAGAGUAUGUUGCCACCCGUUGGUACCGAGCACCUGAGAUUAUGCUCAACUCCAAGGGCUACACCAAGUCCAUUGAUAUUUGGUCAGUAGGCUGUAUCUUGGCUGAAAUGCUCUCCAGUAGACCCACCUUCCCAGGGAAACACUAUUUGGAUCAGCUCAACCAUAUCUUGGGUAUCCUUGGCUCACCCUCUCCAGAAGAUCUGAACUGUAUAAUCAAUGUCAAAGCCAGAAACUACUUGCAAUCUCUGCCUCACAAGAACAAAGUUCCUUGGAACAGACUGUUCCCCAAGGCUGAUGGGAAAGCUCUGGAUUUAUUGGAUAAAAUGCUGACAUUUAACCCACACAAGAGGAUUGAAGUGGAAGCAGCUCUUGCUCACCCUUAUCUGGAGCAGUACUAUGACCCCAGUGAUGAGCCUAUUGCAGAAGCACCCUUUAAAUUUGAUAUGGAGCUGGAUGACCUACCCAAGGAGAAGCUGAAGGAGCUGAUCUUCGAGGAGACAGCCAGGUUUCAACCCCUCUAUCAGCAUUCCUAAACUACAAGCGCUUUUGCAUACAGGGCCAGGACUGCAGGACUGGACAUGCUCAGAGUUCGUUUGUUUCUAACUCCUCCUGAAUCCUGUCUCGUGCAUCUCAGCUUAUUCAUUGUACUCUCUCUAAAAACUCUGCUGUGGCACCUGUAACCGUGGAGAUUGUCCAUUCUGGAAGCCAUGGCAUUUUUUGCUUGCUGUGGACUCUUUCUCAACUCGGAGAUGAGAAUUCACACUCCAGCUGUAUUGGUGUUUGCAAAAAGUCUGAAAGAUGUACAGCCAGUGCAUACACGUUUAAUGAUUUACAUCCUAUGUAACUUAGCGAUGGUGUUUGAAAGAAAGCAGGAUUGAUUUAUUGAAAAUAUAACAGACACCUAUGAUUUCAAUAAGCACUUCAGUUUAGUUUUUUUAAACGCACUUGAGAAAUAUCAAAGUAUAACUGAUCAUUCAGUAUUACAACUGCUCAGUGUCUGGUCACCUCAGUGACGGGUCCGUUGCUUCAAAUCUUUAAAUGCAUCGUGUGGGAUUUCUAAACCUUGCUUGUUACAGUGAGAUCCCCCAGACUUAUUGAAAUGUUUAGAUUUCCAAUGAGAUGAAAAAAAUGUGACUGUAACCUGCAUUCUUUUAAACCAGUUUUGCUCUGUUGGUUGGCUGUAGAGAUUGUGUGUACUUGUACACUUUAAGUAUGGCUGCCCUGCUGAGGUGGUUCCCUCACUAAUAGGUCUUUUAUAGAUUUAAAAGUAAAUUACUGGUGUAUAUCCCUGAAAUAUUAUGUAAUGUUCAUGUAUAUCAAGGACACUAUUGUGUUUUACUCUGGUUUUCUUUUAAUGACAUUCCAUUCAAUAUAUUAAAAAAACUAAUUUGAUUCCAUUUCAGAAACUUCAACUUGAUAACAUACAUCUGAGUUUAAAGUCUUACCUGGUCAGUAAGAGGGUUCUGCCUCAUGUUGUCCUGUAAAAGUUUUCUGUAUUACGCAGUAAUAACUGACUCUAUCAGAGGAAGUACAAAUGGAGGAUGCUUUAGGUUGAGAAUGUUUGAUCAGUUGUGAAGGAAGCCUUGGUGAGUGGGUUUCCUUGAGAGCAGCUUAGAAUUCUAAGACCCUGUGUGCUUUUGCCUUUGAGGACAAAAGGUGCCGUAAAGAUUCCUGUCCCUUUUCUGUGUUUGCAGAGUGUUUGUGGAUGAAGCCUGUACAAUGUGGAGCUUUCUUAGCUAUAUUUGAAUUCAAAGUGCAGUGCCUGAUCCUUAGUCUCGAAACCUAUUGUGGUGACAAUUGCCUUGUACAAUUUACCGUGUCCAAGCAUGACUGUUAAGCUUUGUAUACAAAGACUGUCCAAGUGCCACACACCACACAUACCACGAACACCGCACCCACACACACCACAUACCACGCCCACACACACUGCAUCCGCACCACACCGUGCGCAAAUGCCACACUGCACACAUGCCACACGAUGCACGCACACACACCACACUCACGCAGACUCAUAGUAUGAAUAAAUCUUAUUGCUUCUCCGAGCUUCAUCCUAAUCCUCUCAUCGGUUUCCUCUCUGGUUUGCUUCCUGUAUAAAUCAUGUAACAAUUAGCUUUGUUCCUUUCUUUAUAUAAAAAAAUGCCGCCUUUUGCAGACUUUGUGAUGUAACUGUAUAGAGCACUCUGUUUCUAUCAUGUAACUUGUUCAGUUGGCUUUUUUGUUCUGAUUGGUCUGAACAUCUGAUAUAAUAAAUGGAAAAGCGGUUAUGGUUAAUUUUUAAAAGGAAAAGCCCUUGCAACAAUAGGUGUCAAAAUGUGAUGUAACCGCAUAGACAUACCUGAUUGUAUUGUGACUGGUAUUGGAUUAAGCAUAUUAUAUAUAUGGACAAACUUGUAGGUACAAAGAUUUAUUUUGCCUUAAGUUUUUUUCAAUGUUAUAUAUGUAAACAAAUUUUAACCUGUUAAUGAAUGUUCUUUUUGUUUCCAGCACAUACAGCUCUUGUAAAAUUCUUUAAAUCGGUGUCUCCCUGCAUCUUUUAAAUACAGUAUGUUCUAUACACAA